GUAGAACUGCGGUCAAGGGUGCGAGACAGUUUCAGAUCAGCAGGAACCGAAGAAAAGUUUGACCGAUUCGAGCGCAAGCCGCGGAGUGUCUGUAGCGGAGCAGAGUGGAUCUGUGGUGAACUGGACUGAACAAUCCUCAGCAGUGUCCUGAGACUGUUCUCCCUCCAGCCCUAGAGAACAACCGAACCCGCCUGUGGGACGUGAGUUUAGUGAUAAUAAGUGAUUUAGGAGUCCAUGUCAGCCUGUCUAUCGCCUUACUGACAGCCCAAGCGUGAAGUGAACAGCUUCUAUCGUCUGGUGAACAUUGGCUCAGCAGUGGGACCAAACUCUGGUGGGAUUUACACCUCUUCAACUGAUUUGUUUGCAUAACAAGAAUGACAUUCGAUAAAGAGAAGAAGACCAGGAGCAGCUCUGAGAGGCGCAAGGAGAAGUCCCGGGACGCGGCGCGCUGCAGGCGGAGCAAGGAGACGGAGGUGUUCUACGAGCUGGCCAGCCAGCUGCCGCUCCCCCACAGCCUCACCUCCCACCUGGACAAGGCCUCCAUCAUGAGGCUCGCCAUCAGCUUCCUGCGCACACGCAAGCUGGUCACCUCCGACAGCAGCAUCGGUGACUGUGAGCCGGAGAAACAGAUGGACAGCCUCUACCUGAAGUCUCUGGAGGGGUUUGUCACUGUGGUGACCUCCGAUGGCGACAUCGCCUUUCUGUCCGACAACAUCAGCAAGUUCAUGGGCCUCACACAGGUGGAGCUUACUGGUCACAGUAUCUUUGAUUUCACCCACCCUUGUGAUCACGAGGAGAUCAGGGACAACCUGAGCCUGAAGACGGCCGGAAAUGGAUUUGGUAAGAAAGGUAAAGAACUGAGCACCGAACGAGAUUUUUUCAUGCGAAUGAAAUGUACCGUGACCAACCGGGGACGCACCGUCAACCUGAAGUCUGCCAGCUGGAAGGUGCUGCACUGCAUGGGCCACCUCAAGAUGAUCAGCAGCAGCUGCCCUCCACGCUCCGUGCUCUGCGGCUACAAGGAGCCCCCGCUCACCUGCGCCGUGCUGAUGUGCGAGCCCAUCCCCCACCCCUCCAACGUGGACACGCCCCUGGACAGCAAGACCUUCCUAAGCAGACACGGCAUGGACAUGAAGUUCACCUACUGCGACGACAGGGUGAUUGAGUUGAUGGGCUACAGUCCUGAGGACCUCCUGGGACGUUCUGUCUAUGAGUUCUACCACGCCCUGGAUGCAGACACCGUCACUAAGAGCCAUCAGAAUUUGUGCAGCAAGGGACAGGCUGUGAGCAGCCAGUACCGCAUGCUGGCUAAACACGGCGGCUACGUCUGGGUAGAGACCCAGGGAACCGUCAUCUAUAACAGCCGCAACUCACAGCCACAGUGUAUCGUCUGCAUCAAUUAUGUUCUCAGUGACAUCGAGGAGGAGUCCACCGUGUUCUCCAUGGAGCAGACAGAGUUCAGUCCCCGUCCCAUAAGCAGCUUCUUCAGCGCCGCGGGCUCCUCCCCGGGCGCCGGCGAGCGGGCCGAGCCGCUCUUCACCAAACUCAAGGAGGAGCCGGAGGACCUACUGCAGCUGGCGCCCACGGCCGGCGACGACGUCAUCCCCCUGGACUUCGGUCCCUCUGACUUUGAUGAGCCAGCGUAUACCCAGGUCCCGGCCGCCCCGAUGGGCCCACCGGCCCCGGGGCCCGGAGACAUGGCUCACAUGGGGGGCACCUUUACCAUUGCCCAGCCUCCGCCUCCUGGCAGUGCUACACCGAGUCUCAGCAGCUGCUCUACGCCCAGCAGCCCUGAUGAAUACUACAGCUCAGCGGACUGUGACCUGAAGGUCGAACUGACUGAGAAGCUGUUUUCUCUGGAUACGGAUGAUAUCAACAGCACUGCAAACACUGAGGGGGAUCUGAGUGACCUGGACCUGGAGACCCUGGCUCCCUACAUCCCCAUGGACGGGGAGGACUUCCAGCUCCACCCCAUCGUCCCCGACCUGGAGCCCAUGGAUCCGGGCUCCACCGCGGGGUCCCUGGCGGGGUCCCACACGGGCCCCCAGCACGGCUUCAACGCCAUCGCCAGCCUCUUCCAGCCUCUGUCCGCCCAUGGCAAGAGCGAGGGCCACUACACCUGGGGCCCGGGGGAGAAGAGAGGAGCCCCCCACACCCAGGGCCCCGUUGACCCCAGAGUGGGCUCCUGCAAGGAGAACCACGGCCGGAUGGCGCCUCACCAAGUCCAGGCCAGCACCCCUCUGUCCUCCAUGGGCGGCAGGCAGAACGUCCAGUGGCCCCCGGACCCCCUGUUAACAUACCAGUGUAGUCAGCGGGGGCCGGAGGGCUACUCUGUGGAGCGCCUGUCAGGAGAGGAGCGCCCCACCUGUCAGAAGAGUGGUCUGAUGAGAAGGUCAAUGGAACCUUUUGGACAGGCCUGCAGGGACAUGAGUCCGGACAGAACCAGCAACAUGAAACGGCCCUUCAACCAGAUGGUGGUGAGUGAAAGCAAUCGUUCAGAAAUGAUAUGGAAGAAGAUGAGAGGCAACAGCUGUGCUGCCAUAGAUCGCUCACACAGCUCUGGACCACUGGCAGAGCCAGGCAUUGGAGCAAUGAUGCCAGGGAGCAUGUCCCAGAGACUCAGCCAUCUGCACCAGCACAGGGAAUUCCAGUUUCCAGGAAGUGGGUCAAUGGGUCCCACCAAGAAAGCCUUCCCCCAACAGUGCAGCUACACAGAAUACAACAGGCUGCCGUCCCACACAAGAGAGGGUGUAGUGAGUCGUCUGCUGGGCCCGUCGAUGGGCUCCUGCUACCUUCCCGAGCUGACACGCUACGACUGUGAGGUCAACGUCCCACUGCAGGGCAACCUCCACCUCCUCCAGGGCUGUGACCUCCUGAGGGCCCUGGACCAGUCAGCCUAGAGCAGGGCCCCCAUCACCCCAUCGCCAGGCCCUCCUGGUGCUGGGGCUCUGCCUUGGGCUUCCAAUGCUCAACUCCCCAUUGAAUGGUAUCCCCACUCACAACCAGCCACGUGUUGUGCGUCCGCUUGCGUGUUGCAAUGGAAGUGGUGGAGCAAGGCCAACAAUCGCCCCAACACACACACACACACACACACACACACACACACACACACACACACACACACACACACACACACACACACACACACAAACACACACACACACACGUACACACGCACACACACACACACACACACACACACACACACACACACACACACACAUACACGCAUACACACACACACUCAUAUAUACACGCACACACACACACACACAUACACACGCACAUACACAUACACAUACACACACACACAAACACACACACAGAUACACACACACACACACACCAAAAGGGGGAACAACUCUAGUAAGGUGACACACCGUAUGUCUACAAUUUUCAGAUGGGUUUCAAAGACCGCGUAACCCCAAGUUUAGUACCCAUAGUCUGACUAAACUUUAGCCAUUGUGUGUACAAACCCCAAGUUGUGAAACAUAUCUCAAGUUUCUAUUACACUCGGCUAUACUAUUAACUAUAGGCUAGACAGUAUACUACCUAUUAAGCAUUAAUAGCAGCACAAAAAAGUAUAUUUUUUAAAUGUUCCUAUCCAUUCCCUCUAUUUUCCCCUUUGGAGAUAAAUAUCGAAAAGUGUAAAAUGUUUUAAGGAACACACACAAAAAAUCACAGAUACACAUACGUAAAUCAUAAAUACAAAAAAGUUCUGAGUCAAACUUUGACUCCUUCAUAAACGCUAAUUUUGUUACGGUCAAACUAUUAUCAUCUGUAUCAUUGUCACUUAAACAAAUAGAUUGCACAAUACCUUUGUUUUUUCUUUUCCUACCUUAUUCCAUUAUAGUUAUCCCUAUUUUACCAUUAGUUAAGCUGUUUUGGGGUCAACUUUGUUUAAACAAAUAAGCAUAUUAAAUCAUUCUUAUAGUUGUUACUUUGUUAUUGUGUUCAACAUUGUUUGUGCUUUUUAUCAAAUAAUUAUUUUUUAUUAUUUUGCAAACCUACCGUAUUGGUUUGGUCAUUCUCCUAUCAUUUUAAUCUGCCUACAUUAUCUCCCAGCAACUUUAAUAACCACAGCAAUACACAUACAUUACUGCAAUACACAUACCCAACCGAAAGUAUAAUAUCAAAUUUAGGUUAUUCUAUCUUUUUUAAUUUUCCUCCUAAAUCAGACUCUCUCUCACUCUCUCUUGGUUCAGUUUACCAUUAUAUUUAAAGCGGUUAACACACUCUUCUGAACUUAUUUAUAUUUAUAUAGAUAAAAUAAAAACAUAAAUAUAAAAUAUAUAAAUAUAAUUUUUGGGAUAAAAGCAAACUAACGGUUGGUUAAAGCAAACAAAAUGUAACUCACAAAACUGCCUUCACGUUAAUGCCUCCCCUUUUCCAUUUUGCACUGUCUGUGCUUCCCAUUAUUUUUCCUUUCUAAUACUCUGGUUGUUGUCUUUGUGUGGUGACCACUUUUCCAAGAUGAAUAGACCCUUGUACACAUUUGCAUUAUGUAUUUAAAAGAUGGAACUAUGAAUCUAUAAAGAUAGUGUUUUUAGUAGUCACGUGUGUUGGUACUUUGUCCUUGACUACACCAGAUGCUGGUUUCCUUCUUUCGUUUAGCUGUUUCUGUGUUGUGCCGUUUAUUAUGUCAGAGUGUUAGGCUAAAAUGUAUCUAUUUAAUCUGUUCGCAGGCCAGUACUGUUCUCGUUCUUGCUUUAAGAGGAAAAAUAAACUCAGAACAAAAAAAUAUGAAAUAUAAAUAUACAUUUUCUAUGUUUCACUUUUUUGAUAUGUAGCAUUUAAAAUAUUGUAAACAAGGCAGAGUUAGCACAAAUCAUAUCACAGCCUUUUUACAAUGACUCAUACAUAGACAAAGACACUUCUUAGAAAGCUUUUUUGUGAAACCUUUGAUCGACUAACAACUUUUCGCUCAUGAUCGUACUGAGAUUGUCUUCAAAGCUGUAUUGAGAUUGACGUGAAUUUCCUUAGGAGUUGCUGGCCUCAAAAUUGACCCAUCAAGUGCACACCCUCCCAGUAUUUGAGGAUCAGUAUACAGUGUAUGUUAGGUAACUGCAAUAUUAUGUUGUUAAAGGACCACUAGGACGUUUGACAUAUUUUCGAUCUAUCUGCAUGGGUGGGAUCUAACUCAACAAUUUUCCGUCUCAAGUGAACAUAUGUUAUUGAGAGCAAAAGUAUGUAUACAUUAUAUAAAAUCAUUAUUUGGUCAAAAAUCUUUCUUUGUGCACUUUUUCAUUUUGCAGGUAGGCUGGCUUCCUAGAAUACCCAUUUUGUGUUGGCUGGUCUAAUUUGGUUGGGUUUUCUUAAGUUCCCUGUAAAGCACCCAUUUAGCUCCAAUGGAAUAUGUAAUUACUAAAUAAAAGUGCAUCAGGGGUCUCUAUCUUCUUCAAAUAUAGUUAUGAUAGAACCCCAAUGGUGAAGACUGACGAGCAGUGAAAGUGCUGUGGAGUGAGAUUGUGUGAAGUUAUUAAAACCAACCAUAUGAGCGUAAACGUUCCACUGAGGUCAACCCCAGUGGACUUCUUUGAUGUCAUAGAACAUCCUGCUUAUCCCUUCUCUAAGGCCUGUGUCUUGUUCGGAUGUCAAAAGGCCAAGAAAAAAUUACAAGAGGCCCCUGUGUGCCAAAUAAGUCUGCAGAACGAGCAAAGGGCCAUACUAAAUGAGUCUUUAAGUCUUAUGAUGUUGACCUGAAUAUGUCUUAUGAUACACUGGCCACACUGUGUGGUUCGUCAGGGACCAUUACUAUGGGCAGGAUCGGAGGGAGCUGGAGGUGACAAGAAGGCAUAACAGUACAUUAAGGAAUGGUCUAUUUAUUAAGAUAUUUCUUUUCAAAGCGGGUUACCCAUUUGAUGUUUCGAAGGCCUAAGUAAGGAGGGAAAACGUCAAAAUGUACAGUUGGGCAUGUCAGAUGAAACAAAUAUCGUUGGAAUGAACUUCUUACAGCCAAGAAGUCCAGUAUGUUGCCUGAUGGAGCUGAGGAGAGUAGGGUGGCUGGUGUUGAGUUUUGAGGCUGCACAGCCUGUCCCUUGGUGCAUGUCUCUCUCUCUCUCACUCUACCGUUCACCUUCCAACUCCCUUUUGUCAGUUAUUUUGUUUCAGUUUGACCUCGUAAGAGGCUCCGGUUGCGAUUAAC